AACAGCACAUGAGGAGCCCUAAUUCGCUCGCAGCUGCCUAGGGCUUUAUUCGCAAGGGGCGGGGUUUGGUCCAUCCGGAAAGAUGAUUGAUGAUCAGGAUCUGGGCUUCUUUGCAAACUUCCUGGGAAUAUGCAUUUUUGUGCUGGUGGUGGCAUAUCACUAUGUAGUGGCAGACCCCAAGUAUGAGAUUACCACAUAGGUAGUUGAAAUCCAGUUGAAUUCAGCAAAGGUGAUGCUGCUGCUCCUGUUUUUUUAAUAAAGAGAGGGGAUGGGGUCAACUGAUCUUCCCUGAUUUUUCCUUGUUUU